AUGACCCCCUGCUAGCAGAUUGUCUGCCUAAAAGGUCAGUCAGCAAUGGCUGCAGCAGAAAUUCCCAGUUACAUUGUCUCUUCUCAGACUGAGAAACACAGGAGGGCCAGAAACUGGACUGAUGCAGAAAUGAGAGGUUUAAUGCUGGUCUGGGAAGAAUUUUUUGAUGAGCUGAAACAAACUAAAAGGAAUGCCAAAGUUUAUGAGAAAAUGGCUAACAAACUCUUUGAAAUGACUGGAGAAAUUCGCCACGGAGAGGAAAUAAAGAUAAAAAUUACAAAUAUGACAUUCCAGUACAGGAAAUUAAAAUGCAUGACUGACAGUGAAACUGUUGCACCUGACUGGCCUUACUACAAAACCAUUGACAGGAUCUUAUCCAAAGUGACAGACCACAGCGAUGUGAAAAUGCAUGAAAAUCAGCAACCAGGUCCUUCCACAUCACAGACGGAGGCCUCGCAGUCUCCAUCAGCUAAGUCCACGCCUCUCUAUUUGCCAUAUAACCAGUUUACAUAUGAAGGAAGGGAAGAGUGCUUUGAAGAUGAACAUUCGGAGAGCUCAUCAAGCUUACUUUCUUACAAGCUGAGAACUGAAGAAAGACCAGUUAAGAAAAGAAAAAUGCAAAGCUGUAGCUUCCAAAAGAAGAAACUAAAAUUAAUGGAGGCCAUGUUGGAAGAACAAAAGAAGUUGAGUAGAGCUAUGGAAGAAACCUGUAGAGAAGUGCGCAGGAUUCUGGAUCAACAAAACAUCAUUCAAGUUCAAAGCUUACAGUUACAGGAAAGAAUGAUGAAUCUACUGGAGAAAAUGAUCUCUAAAUCUAAUGUGUAGUUUCCUUUGUGAAUGCCUCUGAGAUUACUAUUGAUAUUAUAGAUAUCCCUUUAUUGCACACCAUAUGUGUGUCUGUUGCCCUAUUCCCAGGUUUUCCAUGGAAAUUAAAACCUUAGUGUAACCUUAGUUAAGCAAAGAGAACAGAUAAUGCAGAGUGAGAGCUAUCCAGGAUGAUAAAAUUAGUGCAAUAUAUGCCUAAGCUGAAUUAUUUUUAUACAGAAAGGUUAAAGGAUGAAUAGCUCUGGGAACUGCAGUACUAUUUUUGCCUGGGUCAGGUAUUGUAUUACAAACAGUGGUGUUGUAUAUUGCUUCACAUCAAGGACUAUAGCUUGACCUGUUGUAGGAGAACAAAAUUUCUAAAUGUGCAUUUCUAAACAUGGUAAUUACAUCUUGAAUUUGCUGAUGAUUAAACCCUGUUUUGAAACAUAUGCUGUGAUUGUACAAGUGACCUGCGGUUCUUGUGAAGAGCUAGCUGGGGCCAUGAGAUACAUCAUUUUGAACUCCAUGCCUGAUAUGAAUAGUACUCUAAAGUAUUAUAGUAAAAAUAGUCUAUUCAAAUAUGCUUUUGAUAUAAAAAGAAAACCCCCAAACCACCUUACUAUAUACUGAAUACUAAAAUGUAUAGAAGAUACUUGAAGUUGCUUUUGAUAUUAAAUGUUUAAUUUUUUUCAUUAUUAACUGGAAUCUGUUGACUUAAUGAACAACCAGCAAUGAAAACUCUCAUUUAUUCUCUAUCACAAAAGAAAAAUAUUGUACUGUUUGUAUAUACAUAUAUAUAAUCUAUCAAAUGAAAUAAAGAAAAGAGGAAAC